UGUUGUUUGUUUCGUUUGUUGUUUGUUGUGACGUGUGCGGUGUGCGUGUGAGUGAGCUCUCGGAACUUGUUCUGAGACAUCAUUUUUUGUUUGAUGAACAAAUAAAGGCGUUUAUCUGAAGUUCGUUUAAUAGACAGCAGAACGCCAAAGUCGAUAAACUGUCAUAAGACUGUCUUCAAUCGCCUACUCCUACAUCUACCACUAUGAAUGAACCACCUUCGUCUGCUGUCACACAAGACUUUGGAGAUAAUGGGUCUCUUGGUCAAUCUAAUGUGCUCUCCAAACGCCUCAACAAAAUUCUUGAAACCCGACUUGACACAGAUAAGGAAACGUUGGAGGCUCUCAAAGAGUUGUCAAACUUCUUCCCAGAAAAUUCUAUUCAGUCUCGCAGAAAUCUCCGAAGUAAAAUUGAGAAACGUAGUUUGGCAAUUAAUGAGGAGUUCUUAUCGGCUUUUGGUAAGGUAAAAGAUGCAUUAGAUAGUGUUUACAAUGAUGUGGUGUCAAUAGACUCUGAAGUGCGAGCCAUGAGUUCUCAUUUGCAAGCAACACGAGCUCAAACUCAUCAGCUCAUCGAUCAUACUACUCAACUUCAAGCGCAAAGCAAAAAGUUGACCAUGGAACAAGAGGUGGCUAAUGCAUUUCUUGAGCGCUAUCAACUGUCACCAGCAGAACUCGCAGUUUUACAAGGGACCAGUAGGGACUCCCCGAUUACUCCAGCAUUUUUUACUGCUCUUCAACGUGCUCAAUCUAUCCAUUCUGAUUGCCGCGUGUUGAUGCAAUCCGGGUUUCAAACAGUAGCUUUAGAUGUUAUGGAACAGAUGUCAUUGUACCAGGAGGCAGCCUUAGAAAGAUUGUAUCGCUGGACUCAGAGCCACUGUCGUAGUAUGGAAUCAAGUGAAACAGCAGCACUACUUACAGAAGCCAUGGCAUGCCUCCAAGAUAGACCUGUACUCUUCAAAUAUGUACUUGACGAAUAUGGAAGCUGUAGAAGAGCGAAUCUAGUUGGCUUGUUUAUUGAUGCUUUAACUAAGGGUGGACCAGGCGGUGCUCUGAAACCCAUUGAAAUGCAUGCUAAUGAUCCAAAGCGCUAUGUUGGAGAUAUGCUAGCUUGGUUGCAUCAGACCAUACCAUCGGAGAGAGAAAGUUUGAUUGCCUUGUUGAGAGAAUGUUCUAAAACCGAUGUUACAGAGCACAUCCACCAGAUUUUGGCAAAUAUUACAGAGGGAGUGUGCCACCCACUGAAAGUGCGUAUUGAACGUAUACUUAGUACCGAUGCAUCAACAACAAUACUGUAUUCAGUAGCAAGUCUGCUUGGAUAUUAUCAUCAAAUUUUUAGUCAGGUUGUCCCUGAAAGCAUUUUCUCAAACACGAUUGCAGAAGUGAGAACUCUAGCUCAGAAUCGUUUCUUAAGUGCGCUGCAAAAUCGAGUCAAGCAACAUUUGGUUGAUCGAUUAGAUGCUCCACCUCCAGACCUAUCGCCUUCAACAAGUGUAUCUGCUCUCAUGUCGUUGUUGAAAGAGGUGUUGUCAGUUGCUGGAGUGGCAGACGGGCGCCCCGAAGAUAUUGCAAAGAUGGUGGGAGUUGUCCUCGAUCCUUUACUUCAAGCUGUGAAUUUGAGUGCAGCUCGAUUACCUACUACAGACAUGGCAGUGUACCUCCUGAACUGCCUGUAUCAGAUGCAGGCCACUCUCUCCCUGUAUGGUUUUAUGGAUGAUAGACUUGAGAGGCUACAGGCACAAUCAGAUGCCCAGCUUGACACAUUGACUUCAGAACAGGCUAGCUCUUUAGUGGCCAACCUUAAUCUUGGACCAAUUUACACAAUUCUGCAAGAGACAAGCAGGGGUCCUCUAUCUAAUGUUCCUGGUAUGGAUGCCGCAAGUCUCAAGCACUUCCUAGUAAAGCUUGAUGCAUUUCUUGGUCUUCCAGAUAUGUUAUUGUUGCCUCAAAUUUCAUUGUUGCUUAGCACAGUACAUCGUAACAACGUGAAGCAUCGAGCUUUUGAAGUAAUAUGCACUAUUUUUAAGCAGCUGUAUGUUGCUGUUCAUGAUCCUGUUAAUGGAUAUCAGAAUCCAAAUGGUUUAAUUCCUCGAACUCCUGAACAAAUUCAGGAACUUCUUUUAGGCGAUAGGCAGUAAUUAAGAUACGAAUCUGUUAUGCAAGGGUGUGUGUUGUAAAUAAUUAAAAAAGAGCCAAAGACUUUACA